AUGGCUUUCAUGAUUCAGAAACUGUCCAAGAAAGUUCUGGAUUUUGUGAAGACGAAUCAGUUUGAGACCCAACUAUCUACAGAUAUGAUCUCGUCGUUAAUCGCUCAAAUGACCUAUGCCUCACCAAAUUUCUGGCUUCCAUUUGCGGAACACGUAUUGAAGAACUUACGGGAAUUAUUGACCGCCGAAGCAAAGGCAGCCGAAGACCUCGAAACACGAACACAGUGGUUUGUCUCUUUGGCUGGAUCGUUGUUGUCCACUACUAAUGAGAACUACAUUCAUAACAAGGAGAUCUGUUUCGAGAUGAUCGGCUUACUACUAGAUUGCAAAAGUAAAGUCGCUUACAUUAGCGGGUCUAUUGGGCUUUGGUACAUGCUCUAUAUGUUGUCACGGAUUUAUCCAGAAAAUACACGAUAUAUUGCCGAUCGACUCGAAAGGCCACUCAAAGAAUGGGUUCCUAUUCGAAGAAACGUGGUGGAUUUACCUGCUGGAACGUUCACAAAUUUCCAUUUGAGAGUUGUUCACAUACUUGCGAAGCUCAUCAUAAAUGAUUAUUCUGAGGUAAGUGUUGGGAACGUGAGGCGCAGGAGAGUAGGUUUAAGGUAUGGAUUUCAGGUAAGAUAUGAAGCACUGUCGGUGUUCUCGAGUCUUUUCUCUGAGUACGCGAUCGCCAGAGAGACUAUCGUAGACGACAUUCUACCUACACUGACUAAUCCCGACAGCACGAGAGAGCAACUCAAGGGAGCUCUGAGUAUCAUAUCGCAAACAAGCUGGGCAACCUCAAGCACUACAUCAGUGAAAACCAAGGUCUGGAAAGCGAUUAUCGAAAUGAAGGUGAAGUUUUGGCAUUCGUUUUAA